GGCACCGAGGCAGCGGGCCGCUUCGCAGCCACACGCCGAGAGUGGCGGUCAUGAACUGCGCCAAGCUUCGUCUCCACGAGAGAGGGAAGCCUCGGGCCCAGACCGGCAGAGCGGCAACGCCGGGCGCGGGCGACCGGCCGCGGCGGUUCUGCCAGAAGCGCCUGGUCAACCCGGCGCACGAGGAGGACCCGCGCUGGACAGACUUGUACGAUAGGUUCUACUGCAAUCCAAGCGUAGAUGCUGCCGAAAGUACUGUUGACAACAUUCACACGCAACCCGAUGACGAUUUAUUUCUCACCGUUCAAAACAUUAAAUUUGAUGGCGAUAUUAACCAAACAAAACGACCAAAAACUUGUUUCAAAUAUAAAGCAAUCAAGGAUGGUCAAAAACAUCGAAUGUUUGUAAAACAGGUCGUCAAGGAAAAAGAAGAAUACAUCGAAGACUCCUCGUCGUUGCUCACGUGCUAUUACUUCGAUGACUACAUCAAAUAUAUACUUAAUCCUGAUCAAAAUGCAGCUUCGUCUGACAAAUCUAGCACAUGUGGCCCAAAUAAUAACGCCAGGAAUAAUACACUGCUCCAAUUCAAAUCAAAACAUAGAACUGAUGUUAAAACAUGUAAUCAAAUUAAUAACAAUCUGCAAAUAAAAUGCAAGGAAACGCAGGAAGUCGAAGAAGGGCCGCCCGAUCUCGAGUUAGCGGAAACAAAGGUGGAAUAUCACAAGUUGGGCAAGCGCAAGUGUCUCACGAUAUCGCGCACGCAGAGCCCGGAGACCGUGCAGGUCAUCCGCGUGGACGUGGUGUGCCACCCGCACCCGCUUCCGCACCUACGCGCGAUGCCGCUUGACGUGCCAGCACCCGAUGCCUCAUCAAAACAAACGCACCUUGACAACCAAGGGGCCUUUCACUCCAAACCUAUAACUAAUAUGAAAACCAACCACUUCACUAAUAAAUAUCUGCUAACAAACACGACAAAAACUCUGGAUGAAAACGUCUCAGGGGGAGCCAAAGUUACUCUGCUUUGUAAAACAUUUCGACUCUCGAGCAGGAAUAAACCCAACAACGAGAAAGGUUCCAUUAGGAAUAAUACUCAAGUAUAAAUCUUAAAUAAAAUCUUCUAGAUGCAUC